AAUCGAUUCGUCUGACUCGCUUCAAAGAAUCAUUCGAUGAAGGAACCGAUUCGUUCAACACUCGUCCGUCACACUAGUGCGCGUGAAGCAGAGGGAGGGAAGAAGGAGAGAUAUUUUCCUCCUGUGCAGCAGAAUAUCUAUCUAUUUAUUUAUUAUUUUUUGCCAAACCUAGCGUCUUCUAGUGCCCUGUGGCAGGGACGAACCGAGCAUGAUGUCAUGGAGCAGCCGAGAACGCUUCACUCUGGUUGUUUGGUGACGGGGGUCCGUACUCCACCCAUCCGCCGCAACAGCAAGCUGGCCAGCCUUGGGCGCAUCUUCAAACCCUGGAAGUGGAGGAAAAAGAAAAAUGAGAAGUUGAGGCAAGGCUCAGCGGGCUUGGAAAGGAAAGUUUCAGGACGGCAGAGCCGCGGUGAACUGGUGAGGAAGAACGAAGCAGAGAUGGGCACAGGUUCUGGCCUGGCAUGUGGGGGCAACUCAGAAGAACCAGAGAUGUCGACUCAGGAAUAUUCAGACUGCGAGGAGAGAGAGGAAGAGGCCAUGGCACCGCUGGCCAGCAACACAGAGGACCUGGGGUCAGAUGAGGACAAUCCUUCCUCAGUACAAGAUGCCACAGAAUACACUGAGACAGCGGAGGAGAACAGCCACAACGAAGAGGAGGAGGAAGAAGAAGAGGAGGAAGAGGUUUCAGCGCCUGUACCAUCUAUCAACGACAGCGUUCCUCUUGUGGAGCUUGCCCGCAGUGUGGAGGAGUUGAAAGCACAGCCAGCGCUAAGAGAAGUGCGCACUCCUCCUCCCAGAGUGCCAGCAAAGCUCCUGCCCAGACUGGGGAGUCUGGACAGUUCACACCCGACACACCAGACACGUCCGGCUCCAGCCACCCUUCCCAGGAACUUCACUCUUCCCAAAGACACACUGAGGGGCCGGAUAUCCACCCCUACAGGCUCACCACACCUGGGCAACAUGCAUCUGCUGUUGCCCCCUACCUGCAUCAUCGAGGAACUGCACCGAGCACUUGCCACCAAACACCAGCAGGACAGUUUUAAUAGUAAAGAGGUGCGCUGUUCGCCGAAGCGCCGCUCGGAUGGUCACGUGUCUCGCACCUCCAGCAUGGAGAGUGAGCAACAGGGAGGAGAGGUGGGGAGCAAGAAGGAAGCGGAGGAAAAUAAAGAGAACAUGGGUCUGGACGAGUACUACAGCGAUCAGGACAGCUGGAACGAAUCUGUGAUCUCGGGGACACUACCACGGCGGAUAAGGAAAGAGCUGCUGGCAGUAAAGCUGCGUAACCGACCCAGCAAACAGGAGCUGGAGGACAGGAACAUCUUCCCGAUGCGCAGUGACCAGGAGCGUCAGGAGAUCCGGCAGCAGAUAGAAAUGAAACUGGCCAAAGAUCGUGAGUACGAACCCCAGCCAUGCCACAGGCAUCAAUAUCCGGGAACCCAAGAUAGCAAAAUUUACUGUGGUGUACUGUCUCUCCACUGUCAAUCACAGCAACACUAGCCGGUAAUGGCCGUCUGUGAGCUCAUGUAUGCGGAAGAGGGCGGAUAGCACUUUCCUCCUAGUGCAGGGGUGUCCAAUCUUAUCCGGAAAGAGCCGGUGUGGCUGAGUUAUUUAUUCCAACCAAGCGGAAGCCUCACCUGAGUCUACUGAAAGCCAAGCUCAACUGAUUAAACAGGUGGAAUCAGGUGUAGCUUCUGCUUAAUUGGAAUGAAAACUGCCCCCCACCAGUCUAAAGAUUGGACACCCCCAUCCUAGUGUUUUAUUCUGACCUGUGAUGCAGCAUGAGCAACAGUUUGAAAAGAAGCAGUUGGCUGGCUUCGGGUUUCUCAGAGGACGCACGUGUUCGCCUUCGCCCUCUCCAGCUGGUAGCUGUCGCAUGAUAGGGGAAAGCUGGCUGCAGGGUGGGAUUUGGACAAAGCCAUACUGCGGAGAAAGUAACUAAUGAUAAAAAGUGACGCGAAACCGUUCUGUAUUCUGGAAUCUUGAUAUAGUGGGAAUGUUGAAAAUGUUUACCUUAAAACUAAAAGCACUACUUGAUGUCUGAUUUAGGGUCAGGGGUUUACUCUGUGUCAUGUUAUGACAGGUGCAACUGGAGCUCAGGCCCUGUAGAGGCUCACUGCAGGCCUACUCUGAUCCAUUCCACCCUAUCUCUCUAUCUCUCUCUCACGCACAUACAUUAACACACACACACAUUAACACAACAGCUCCCAUGCAGCUUACACAACCAGUAGCCCAGCAAUCAAUUCAGAACAGAGUGGCUCGGGCGAAUUUGUUACUAGGACACGAGGACUGGUGUUGUGAGGAUUCUGAGCACUUCAGGUCUCAGCCGGUCUGAAACAGGAACACACAUCGUGACAGCAAACUGUCAUCAUGAAGCUACGUCAGAGGUCUCAUGUCAUGGAACACCAGAGCAUAAAAAUAGCAUAUGGUGUUAUAAACAGUCUCAGAAUAGUAACACAUUUAAUUAGUGCAAGGUGUCUGAUACGCAGGGGGGUCGUUAUGGCGGUGUGAGGCGAACGAGCUAACCACUAAGCCACCAUGCGCCCCCACUAUAUAUAUACACACAUACACACACACAUACAUACACAUAUAAUCAUUGAAGAAAUACUUCAGCAUUUUUCAAACUAAUACAUAUUGGGUCUGAGGUGUAUACGUGAUUAGCGCAGACAAGAAUUUCGACACACUUCCUUGACCUGAGAAAAACCCCCCCAGAGAAACAUUUUACUCCAAACUCACUUAUAAUAGAAGUCUAAGGGCAGUCAUUGAACUCAGUUAACUUUAUGUGACUUUAUCCAAAACACAAAUCAAACACUACAACGCUUCCACUAUAACAAUAAAACUUUUGAGACAGACAGGAGAGAAAUUCAUAUCAAAGUUUCAUCCAACUUUCCAAUUUUUUAAAAAUUUUGCUUACAGUUUUUUUCCAUGCACCAUCAUUCAGUAAGUUUACAUGGACAACAAUAAUCCGAUAUUAACCUGAUUAAGACAAUACUCUGAUUAAGAUACGAUCAUGUAAACAGCGAUUAUUGACGACCUUAAUCCGGCUAAAGUUAUACUCGAAGUAAACACAAAUCGAAUUAAGACAUGUGGAGUAUUCCUGUUUUAGUCACAUUAUUGAUGUGCGUUAUAGACAUGUACACAACUUAAUCACAAGUUGAUUAUUUUUCCACGAACAGCAUGUCCCGAAUUGUUUAAUUCCUCAGCAGAGCAAUUUGCCAAUGAUUACAAUAUUUAUUAAUUAAUGAAAUCUUUUAAUAGUUCUUCCCUUGUUGAGAAAUUUCCAUGACACAGGUUGUCUUUAUCAUGUCCUAUAAGAGCGCAGUCAUAAAAUUUUUCAAGGGGCAGAUGGGCGUUCCUUUGAGUCUUUAUGUGGACUCCAAGACACACCCACUGGUCUGCUGGCAGACCCUGCUCAAUCAGAGUUUUAUUUUUAAACACCUGUUAUACUAGAGCUCCAUAACAUAUGAUAGAAAUUGAAUACAAAAUAUGUCUUUUACAUACAUAUUUAUUGACAGAACUCAGAGCAGGGAAAUGUGUUGAUAUUCCAAGUCCCUGGGAAUCACACAUACACUACAGAUCUGGCAGAUAAAGGUUAUGUAAAAAAACAACAACAGCAGAAUAUUCCUUUAAGGAUACACAAUUGGUGAUGUUUUUUGGCAUUCAUAGCAGUGGACAGUUAAAAAUCAAUGCUGAAAGUGUGUCACGCUCGAAUGUUAUGUCAGAAUGAGCCAUCAGGCAGAGGCAGAGGAAUGGGGGAAGACCCUACACUGAGUCAUCCAGCUUAGACCUGCUGCAUAAGUGGAGCCUAGUGUACCGUGUGUGUGUGUGUGUGUGUGUGUGUGUGUGUGUGUGUGUGUGUGUGUGUGUGAGUGUGUGUGUGAGUGCUACAUGCAGUGGAUAAACACAGGUGCUGUUCAACUGGGUCCGACAGCCAGCAGGAGGUUGGAUACAAGUUGUCUUCAAGUUGUUUUUAAGUCAGACUUGUCAGUAGGAAGAUAAAUGAUGUGGUUGAACAGACAGUUUUUGUUUUUGCUUGGAUUCUGUUUUAAAUGCUUUGUAGCAUUAAUAACAUAAAAUCCAUCCAUCCAUUUUCCAUACCGCUUAUCCUAGACAGGGUCUAGCCUGGAGCCUAUCCCUGGGAACUCAGGGCACAAGGCAGGGGAAACCCUGGAUGGGGUUCCAAGCCAUUGCAGGGCACAAUCACACACUUACACACUACAGACAAUUUUGGAAAUGCCAAUAAGCCUACAAUGCUUGUCUUUGGACUGGGGAAGGAAACCUGGAGGA